UGUCACAACUAUGGCGGCUUCCUCUAGUCUUUCGAGAUUGAAGGUACAUGUAAUGUUCUUCUAGUUUUUCUCCCUUUUUUCCUUAAGAUUUGAGAUUAAAAGGAAACCAGAGUAAUCAGGUUUGAUUUAUAUCAUCUUGUUAGACAGUUAGACAGUCAAUAAUCGGAUUUUACAGUCACAGUAAGCGCUGCAACUCAAUCAGACAUUAACCCCUUGGCGCAUUUUCCAGCGUCAUUUGAAGUCAAGGAAAACAAAGAAAACUAGUGAGUAAGCUUUUUUCACUUAAGCUUACUCGUCAAACCGCUUUCUCACUAGAUUUCUUUCUCUCAUUGAGCGACCACCAUGCAAUUUUGAGUCUUGUAUCUCACAAAGUGGUGGUAGGAGUGUCUUAAAUCCCUUUUCACGGUCAUCUCUUAGGCAAGUGUGAUUCAGAUUCGUUCACCCAAGUUACUGUGUGUGGUGAAUCUGUGUGUGGGUUAGGUUCAGUGUUGCAAGAAUGUGACUGGUCUGGGAAUAAUCAAACACUUGUUAUGAUCUCACAAUUUUUUCCCUUAAAAUGAUUGCACCAUCCACCCCUAACACUGAACCGCCAACAUGGAUCAAAUUGAAUGUGUGUAUUGCUCACCAUUGGUGGGGUGUGUAUCAUUCAUUCUGACACAGAUAGGUGGUAAACUACAUGUACUAAUAUGGGAGCAGGAAACAAGAAUCCAAAGAUAAAUUACAAUGUAGGAGGUCUCAUAGUUUGCCCUGAAUUUGCAGGUGUUUCAGCCAUUUGUGGGCUGUAUGAAGAACAACCUCACUGUUUUAACCAAAUUACAGGUAAGAAUUGUUUAAAGAACAGGUCUCUACAAUAUAUCGGUGCAAAAUCUUCUCAAAGUUUGAAUGAUAUGACUGAACCAAAAGAAUGAGACUUCAAACACACAGCCACAUGAGACAUUCAGAUUAUCAAGAUUGGUGUAUUUGCUGUAAAUGCAAAAUACCCCAUCAUAGGAAAUUUUUUUAGUGCAGGUGUAGAGAAGUUUGCUUUGUUUAAAAUAUUUUGGAUCAGUUUGAUUUUAUUUCCCUUUGUCUCAGAUUAUGAUGAUAAAUGCAAGAAAGAUACCACUCAAAUUGGUAUGAAAAGUUGUAAACCCAGGAAACAUCUUUGAAGCACAACAUAUUUAUGUGUAAUGUUAUAAACUGUUCAUAUCUUGCUGUGCUGAUCUAAUUUUUACUGUCAUGUAGUCAGUUGCAGUUCUAAGACGGGGAUACAUUGCUUUGGUUACAAUUCUAAAAGUGAUGUACUGUCACACUUUAUUUGUAUAUGUCAAAUGACUAGGGGUGGUUAUUUCAUCAAUUCAUGUCCAUGAAUUACUUAAAAAAAAACUCUUGCAUGCAAUUGAUUGCUCUUGUAGGUCCCAAAUGUGUUUCCUUGCUGUCAUCGUGCCACAAAGACACCUCUUCCUCUACGUUAUAAGUACAUGGACCGAUACCAUUAUGGAAUCUACGCCAAGCAGCCUGCACUGGUAAAAGACUGCGCACUGGAGUCAGCCCGGCUGGCCAUCGUGCGUGCCACCAAAACAAAGGAAUUGUACAUCGUGACAGCAGACAUACCAGUAACCAGAAAACCAUUAGGGAGCAAAAUGGGAAAAGGAAAAGGCAAAGUCGAUCAUUAUGUGGCAAAUGUUAUGGCGGGAAAAGUUCUCUUUGAAUUCAAUUGUGACAAUGAAACCCAAGCCUUAGAAGCUUUUAGGCAAGCCACGCACAGGUUGCCAAUGCGCACACAUCUGAGAGUGAAACCUUCCGGGAAAAAAACAAUAUGGACUAAUUUUUGAGAUGCAUGUGCAAUGCUUAAAUUAUACAUGGCCACCUUAAAGACUCUCCUUUGGGGAGGAACGUUUAAUUAAGAAGCUUGCCAUUUCUACUCAUGAAUUUUUUUCCAAGAAUCGCAUACAGUUUACACAAUCUAAAAGUAAAGGUGUCUUGUAAGAUGAAUGUUGACAUCAUGCCUUGUUGACGAUUUUGAAAAUGCGUUCAGUUGUACGUUUGACACAAUGUUUUCCAUAUGGGAAUGUGAGAGUAGGAGAAUACAAUCGAAUAUAACGAGAUUAUUCUGUACGUCGGAGUAAAUUAACAGCUGAAGCGGUGAAAUUUGAUACGGAGAAUUCUGUGUUGUAGCUGGAGGAUUCUCUGAUCGGCGAAGCCAAAUGAACAACCUCAACAGAAGCUCAAUUUUCGUCGUUUUAGGUACUGAGACUCCGGGCAAUUUAUCCAGAACUUCUUUCUAAAAUUGCACAAUUAAACUCAAGAUGUUAAUCAUUUUACCUUCUUUAAAGUAAUGCUUUCAAAGAUUCACGUGACGGCAACUCCCGUCAGGUUGUCAAAAGGUCAGUCACCACCGCCGCCAACAGUCCUUCUCGGGCCCACUCUCACCUGGAUGAUCAGACUGCACGGUCAAAUGUUGUUUUUUUAUGUGCUUUUCCGUUGAGAGAUGGAGAAGCAAAAAGUAAUCGUUUCUAUUGGUGCCGAAGACCCAUCUUAAAAUGGCUCUUGCUUUGUUUUGUUUUGUUUUUCUUUAAAUGAGAGGGGAAGGUGGAAUUUUACUGACAGGCUUCAGAAAUAUACAAGGUUCGCGAAAUGAACGAUUUUCGGAACAACUGAGUUCGGGAACAGCGCACUGUCUGUCAUAACACCGAUCGUGUUGACCAACAUGAGACCAAACAAACUGUGAGGAGUGCAUGGUUUAGUGUGAAGCGUGAUAACUGGCGUAGGAAACGGUGCGUGUUUUUAACGCGUGCGUGUAGAGCGUUGCGAGUG